AUGAAGGCGUUUAUUGUAUUUUGUAUGGCUUUGGCCCUAGUUUCCUGUGCGGCAGUCGAUGAUUCCAACAGCAAGAAGGAGAAACGUGGUCUCUGGGAAUUGAGCGACGAUCAUGGCGAUUUCGGAUAUGAUAGCCACCGCAACUUCUACGAUGACGAUCACCAUCAAGUGAAGCACGUGUCCACCACGAUCACCAAGAAAGUUCCGGUGCCUUUCCCGGUAGAGGUCGAAAAACACGUCCCCGUGCCAGUGAAAGUCCCAUACCCGGUUCAUGUCGAAAAGAAGGUCCCGGUGGUUGUCGAGAAGAACGUCCCGGUUUACGUCGAAAAGAAGGUGCCGGUUCAUGUUGACCGCCCAGUUCCGUACCCAGUCGAAGUGAAAGUCCCAGUCGUCCAGAAGGAAUACGUUGAGGUCCCGAAACCGUACGCAGUUCAUGUUGAGAAGCCAGUUCCAGUGUACGUGCAGAAGCCGGUGUACGUCGAGAAGCACGUCCCCGUGACUGUUCAGAUUAAGGAACACAAGAAACACUGGGAUCUGUUUUGA